AUGGCUCUAUGCUCGGCAUCGAACGAGUGCCAGCGGUGUCAAAAUUCACGGCUUCAAUCGAAGACGUUCGGGCUCCGUCGCGCGUGGCCGCCCCCCAAUUGCGCGCUCCGUUUCCUGAGCCGAGCAAACACAAGAGACAAAGACAAACAUGCCCUCGAAAGAUAG